AAGUAACGUCAUAUUCCUGCGACUGUUUACAUGCGACAUCAUGGCUCUGUUUCCAGCUUUUGCUGAAGUAGCGAGUAACAAAGUUGACGAUUCGUCCAAAGAAUUAGAUUGGCUGAACAAUAAGAGUUUUCAGACUGGGGAUGCAGUCUCCCUUCACAAUCGUUUUUUAGAGAAGACAACCGAGGACAUUAACAUAAGGGAGGGAAGUAUUGGUCGGGAUGUUGGGUCUUCUGAGGAAAAGGGCGAUGGUGAUGUGCCACAAAGAAAGAAGAAAAAGAAAAGUGAAAAGAAAAAGAAAAAGAAGAAAAAACACAAAAAGAAGAGUGGGAGAGAUUCCAGCAGCAGUGGAUCUGACUCUGAAACCAUCUAUCCCAGUGAUCUCAAAAGGGAAGAAGAGGCAGAAAGGCAACUAGUUUCUCCGUUAGGAAGUCACUUCUCCUGGUUAGAUGAUCUUCAGUUACCCACAGAUUGCCCGUUUUGUGUGGACCGGAAACCAGACCCAGCCAACUGGACUUACAAGUCCUUGUACAGAGGAGACGUAGCCAGGUAUAAGAGAAAAGGCAACUCCACGUUGGGUCUGGACUCUCGCAAGCAGGAAAUCAGCUGGGAGGAUUCAGAGACAAAAAAGAAACAUAAGGGGGACAGUAAGAAAGCAUCAGACAGAUACUUUUCUGCAGCCAAUCGACAGCUGGUUCGGUCUGAGCCCCCUGUUCCUGUAUUACCUGAGACUACUGAUAGCAGAGAUCCCACCAACUCAGCCUCCUUUCUCUCCCUGGGUGAUGCUGAGGGGGAUAACAAAAAACAAAAAACGGCAGACAGAGUGCAGAUGUCAUCUAUAAAUCCACUUGGAGUUUACGACUCAUCCACGGCCCUCUGGCUGCAGGGGAAAGGACAGCAGGAUAUGCAGAACCAGGAAACUCAGACAGGGGAAUACACUGUUCUUUUGACUAGGAGGACUGAGGAAUUUAACAGGCGGCUCAGAGAGCAGCCAGCAGAUAUAAAGCUGUGGAUACAGUUCAUACAAUACCAGGAUGAGCUGAGUGCAGAAGUAUUUGGAGGUGAGGGGGAGCAGCAGGGUGGUGAUUCAGCCGAGCAUCGUAAGUCCUCCUACAGAGCGCUGCUGGAAAAAAAGCUAAGCAUCGCGGAGCGAGCUGUAGCCACCAACCCCACCUGCAUCGCUCUGCAGCUGGAGAGGCUCAAGAUCUGCCAGGAGCUCUGGGAGCCCUCAGCUCUGGCUAAAGAAUGGAAGAAACUUGUGUUUCUACAUCCAAACAGUGCCCCCUUGUGGAGACAGUAUCUACUAUUUACUCAGAGUUACUUUAGUAACUUCACUGUGACAAAAGUCAACUCUGCAUAUGGGAAGUGUCUGAGCACGCUCAGUGCUGUGCAGGAUGGCAGCAUGGUUUCUCAUCCAGCUCUACCAGGAACUGAGGAGGACAUGUUGGAUAUCUUCAUUCAGCAGUGCCAUUUCCUCCGUCAGUCAGGUCACUCAGAGAAGGCGAUUUCACUGUUUCAGGCCAUGAUUGACUUUACUUUCUUCAAGCCUGACAGCGUGUGCAAACUGUCCACCAAGCAGCAGGUUGAGUUUUUUGAGCCGUUCUGGGACAGUGGAGAGGCAAGAGUUGGGGAGGUAGGGGCCAGAGGCUGGAAAGCCUGGAUGCUCCAACAAGAGCGAGGAGGGUGGCUUCAACCGUGUGCAGAGGAAGAAGAGGAGGAAGAGGAGGAUGAAGAAGAGGUUAAGGAUAGGAGCCAGCCCAGAUGGACAGUAUGGUUGGGUGUGGAAUCGUCUCGGGAAGCAGAUCAGUGGUUGCCAUGGAGGCCUGACAAAACCAAGGGUCAGUCAGAGGAAGACUGUGAGGACCCAGACAGACAGGUUUUGUUUGAUGACAUCGGUUCAUCCCUGAUAUGCCUGUCGUCACCAGCACUCCAGCUCCGGUUUCUUCUCCAUUUCUUGUCCUUCCUGGGUCUUCCUGUAGAAUCUGGGCUUUCUGCUCCCCAGCCGCCUGGUUUGCUUCUGGAAAACCUUUCUCUACUAACUCAGAAUAUUGAGCUCCAGCAUCCUCUGACCUCCUACAACCUGCCUGACUCUGGGGUUAACAGUCUAGGUCACAUGACCACUCUCCAGGGAACAAGGAAGUGGGUGGGGCUUGGGAAGCAGGGCGAGAAGUUCCUCACAAACGUGUUGAAUAUGAUCCAGCCCAUCCUUCCUCCUCACCACCGAGCUUUUCUGUCUCUAAGUGUAAUCCAGUAUGAGAAACUUAAGGUUUGGCGAUGUUUGUGCAGCUGCAAUAAAAAGCGUCUUCGCAUUCAAGGCAAGAGCAGCAAGCGAGUUGCCAAGCAGCUGCUCAAAGAACCCGACAACCGCUCAUCAUUGGUGUUGUGGCGGGAGUACGCCCAUUUGGAGUGGAUGCUGGGCAACAUAGAUGAGGCUCGCAAAGUGUUCUCCACAGCCACAGCAAUGGGGGGAUCAAAGGGGCCGAGCAGCCCCACUCUGUGCGAUCUUUGCCUGCUGUGGUCCCAGUUGGAGGUGGAGGACAAAGCAAAAGAGCAAGGACAACUUACUGAUGUAACAACAUCACAGGCUGUGUGUGUACUGACCAGGCUCGCAGAGGGAACCUCCUCUUCGACCGUUUCCCCAGUCUCUAUCCUGAAAGCCAGGAGAUCCUAUGAACAGGCUCUAAAUACCAGCCUAACAGCCCUGGAACAAAGCAUCUGGAAACCUCUGCCUGACGGAAAAGGACAUGAAGACCUGCUAGCGGAGAAGUUGAGUGUGAAAAAUCUUGUUGGCUGCUAUGCCUUUUUCCAGUACCUCACAGUGAGCAUCCAAGCAGCUACUGCUGUCUACAGCCAGGCCAGAGAAAAAAUGGAGGAACUGCAUCGCAAACUAACACCUGAGAAACAGCUGAACAGUAAUGAGAAAACCACCUGUGCUUACAUUGAAGCAAGGCACUCAACAGCUGUCAGCCAGUUAGCUUCGGAGUGUGAGGUGCUGGCUGUGCAGCAAGCAGCACUGUUGAAGUACCACAAGAGCAUCAGUGUGUUUCCUUUGGUAACGCUGAGAGAAGCGCUCACCUCAGCCCUCUCAGCUUGGCCCAGCAGCGCCCCUCUGUGGAGCAUCUAUGUUCAGGUGGAGAACCGUUACCAUAGCGCUGGCCGGGCUCGACGUUUUUUCCACUCUGUAACCAAAGACAACAGCAGCGUAGUACCAUGCCUCUUUGCUAUUGUUGCUGAACAAAAAAGGAAGCAGCUGGUGGAUGCUGCUCAGAGAAGUUGUUGCUACGAUGAGGGUCUGCCGAUACUGCCAGAGAAUGGCCUCAGCAACCGAAUUCGUGGACUGUUUGAAAGUGCCAUAGCAGCAGAGAUGGGUGUUCACUGUCCUUUACUGUGGAGAAUGUACAUGUACUUCUUGGUUUCAGAAGGAAAUGUGGAUAAAGCCAGAGGGAUCUUCUACAAGGCCUUGCAAAAUAUCCCCUGGGUAAAGGGUCUGUAUAUGGAUGCUAUGCAGCUGUUCCCUGAGCAUCUACAGGAGUUCAUCGAUCUGAUGAUGGAGAAAGAACUCCGACUGAGAUUGCCUUUAGAAGAGCUGGAUAUACUACUAGAAGACUGAACAUGUACACUUGUGUGUUAUUAAAGAACUUGGUAUACUUGCAACAAGUCACACAACAGCACACUUGAAUGAAAACACAUUUGACACAUACAAAGCUUCAGUGUUGUGAAUUUGAAGUAAUCUACAGGUGAGUAAAGCGAUGAAAAGCCAAAUAAAAGCGAUUUGUAUAUACUGUUCUAAAAUGAUUUAUUGACUGUAUGUUGUAGCACCUGAUUUUUAUCAAUAAAUAUAAGUAAUUUUGUUUCUGUUUUUUAAGUACCUAAAGACAUUUAUUUUUCUAUUAUCCCCACAAAUUUCUAAGUCAACACCUCCACUGUGAAGAGUGCCAGUCUAAAUUAAUUAAAUUUAAACAACAAAUUCAA